ACUUCCAGUCAUUUUUUGAGUUUUCAGAUACAUGAGAUUCUGAGGUGGACAAGUGGACUUGCGGAGCAUGAGAUGGGGCUCUUUAGUGCCGAAUGGAAUAAACCAUUUAGGUACAAUUGUACUAUAUCUCCAUCAAGGUCCAUGUUAGCAUCCCAAGCGGACCUGCAUAUAGACUUCAACAUUAUUCCAGCUACACAUUCUGGAAAACCUUCUUCCUUAUCCAACAUAUUUAGAAAAUUGCUUGUGCUUCAGGAUAUUGUUACGAUGGUAUCUUCGUGUCUUCAUGAUGAAUACUAUAAGAGUAAUCUCUUUUACAGCACUUUGGGUUCUAUCUGUGCCAUCCCUGAUUGUAUAUUAAGAAAAUUGCGGGAAUUUCUUAUGUUUAUUUCACUUGAUUGCACAAAACUUGAACUUCUAGGAGAGGGGAAUAGUAAGUCCUUGCCUAGUAAAUCAACAGAGAAUCUAGGUGCUUCCCGUCGAAGGAAAAAGGGAAAGAGCCGGAAAUCACAGAAUCCUGUGCCGAAGGCAUGUAUAGGUGAUUUAUCAUGUAAUAAAUUUCAUAAGCCUCAGGAUUUGGACAAGGAGUGUGCUCAUAAAGGGAGAGAAGAUAUGAUGGAAUCCACAAUGCCUAUUUUGUCCAAGGGAAAUGAUACUUGCAGAGAAAUGUCAGCAGAUGUAUCAAAAACGGUACAUGACCAUAUAAUGAGUGUUGGAAAAAAUCAAGGUACUACAAGGAAGAAGAAAAAACACAAAAGUAAAAACUCUGGUGGGAACAACAGAUUAGUUGAAAUAAUACCUUCUGAAGGGCCAACCGCUAAAUUCUCCUCUCCAUCUUUUAGUUCUCAGGAUCAGGUAGCAGAGUUGGAUAGCAUGUUCAGAAAACCUUUCAUUUCAAAUAUCAAGAAUGAUAGUUCAAAUAAUUAUGACAGUUUAACUUCAAACUCAAGUCCUAUAGUUCCCUCUAGUGAGCCUAAUAGAGAGUAUAACAGUAACCAAAAUGUUGAAGUACAUGAAAUUUCUGGGCCAACGGAAUCUGUCUGUCACGUUGGUCCUGGAGAAUCUCAGUUCCCAAAAGGAAUAAUUGAAAAUCAAUGCGUAUCAUCUACAUUAGUUCCUUCUCAUUUUCCUUCAUUGGAGUUAAAGAAUAUUGUCAAAAGUGAUGUCAAUGUGAAUGGCUCUGUGCGAUCUUGUGAAUUACGAGAAAAAUCAUCUUUGUUAGAUAAACUUCCGAGAACUUUUGAUAUACAGGAGAAAUCAUGCCUAUCUCGAGAUCAAUUUAGUGGUGACAUUUGUAAUACUAGGACCUUGAAUUCUUCGUUCAAUUCACAUCUCCCGCCUGCUACUGAUAGAUUACAUUUAGAUGCUGGUCAUAAUUGGCACAAUCAUUUCCGUCGGUCUUUCACACCUGCAAUGCAUCAACCAAGAAGUUCUUCUGUUAAAGGUGGUUGCAAUCCAAUUCUGACUCGACCACUGUUAAUGAGUCUAGAUUGGCCCCCUGUCUUACGAAGUGCUUCUGGCUUGGCUUCAACAAUGACGUCAAAUCAUGAUUUUGGGUUUCUUCCUAGGAGACAAUCUACUUUUCGGCAGGGGUUCCCUACUAACAGCAAUCAGAUUAGUACGGAAGAUGAAAAGUACUCUGGUAAUCUCACUGAUUUUCCUGAUUUGUCAAAUAAUCAGGACCUAGCAGAUGAGUGUGAUGGAAACUGGAUAUCGGAGGAAGAAUUGGAAAUGCAUGCAGUUUCUGGGUUAGACUACAAUCAGUAUUUCGGUGGUGGUGUAAUGUACUGGAAUCCUUCUGAUCACCAUGGGACAGGGUUUUCUCGACCUCCUUCUCUUAGUUCUGAUGAUAGCUCAUGGGCUUGGUGUGAAGCUGACAUGAACCGAACUGUUGAUGAUAUGGUUGCUUUCUCUUCUUCUUACAGUAAUGGAUUGGCAUCCCCAACUGCUACGUCAUUCUGUUCUCCUUUUGAUCCACUGGGAUCUGGAAAACAGGCGCUUGGUUAUGUGGUGCAAGGACCUGAUCUACCCACCAACAUGCUUCAUUCCUCACUGACUAUGAAUGAUUCGGUGACAGAGGAGGAUGCUCCUAGAUCUUUGGCAAAUUUGCCUAGUGAUGUUGAAGGGAAGACAGGAGACUCACAUCCAUUUCCAAUGUUGCCGCCUAUUGUUAUUCCAAAUAUGUCAAGGGAAAGAUCAAGAUCUGAGUUCUGCCAUGGUUUUGACCAUAAAAGCCCAUGCAUCCCUCCCACUAGGAGAGAGCAAUCUCGAGUAAAGCGGCCACCAUCUCCUGUAGUUCUUUGUGUUCCACGGGCACCAAUACCACCUCCACCUUCUCCUGUAAGCGACUCCAGGAAGCACAGGGGAUUUCCUACUGUUAGAUCUGGUAGCUCAAGUCCAAGGCAUUGGGGUGUAAAGGGUUGGUAUCCUGAUGGAACUAAUUUGGAAGAAGCAUGCUUACAUAUUGAUGGUGCUGAAGUUGUCUGGCCUAAUUGGAGAAAUAAAAGUAAUUCUAAUUGCUCGACAGUUCAACCUUUAUCAUUAAUAGCAAUGCCCCAGAUAGCUCUCGAUCAGGAGCAUCCAGAUGUUGCGUUUCCUCUCUUUCCCCCAACAACAAGCUGUCCUGUAAAAAAGGAAUCUCUUUCUUUGAUGCAUAGCUGCCUAAAUGAUGAGAUCAACUCUUUCUGCAAGCACGUUGCUGCAGAAAACAUGACUAAGAAGCCUUACAUCACAUGGGCUGUUAAACGGGUCACGCGGUCCCUUCAAGUCUUAUGGCCCAGGUCCAGGACAAACAUUUUUGGUUCAAAUGCAACAGGUUUAUCCCUUCCCACGAGUGAUGUGGACCUUGUGGUUUGUCUGCCUCCAGUGAGAAAUCUGGAACCUAUUAAGGAAGCUGGGAUCCUAGAGGGGCGUAAUGGUAUUAAAGAAACCUGCCUUCAGCAUGCAGCCAGAUAUCUUUCCAAUCAGGAAUGGGUAAAAAGUGAUUCCUUAAAGACGGUGGAAAAUACUGCUAUACCUAUUAUCAUGCUUGUUGUUGAAGUUCCCCACGAUCUCAUUGCUUCAUCCACUUCAAAUAUGCAAUCAUCCAAGGAGGAGUCCUCUGCCGUAUCUGGGGAACAAGAUGUCAACCUUCUUAAUGAUAUGGCUAGUUUAGAAGAUUCUGCGCUGCAAAAAUGUUUGGUUGUGAAAUAUGAUUCCUCAUCUAGCACCAAGUCAGUUCGUAUUGACAUCAGUUUCAAGACUCCAUCACAUACGGGACUCCAAACUUCUGGGCUGGUAAUCCAUAUUUGGAACAUAGCAUACUUCACUUUCGUUUUUAAAUUUCUUGUUGCUCUUUUGCAGGUAUUGUUGAUUGUACGCUUUCUCCAGCAUGAACAUCAUCUUAGCCGUCCUAUCAACCAAAACUUUGGGAGCCUUUUAAUGGACUUCCUUUACUUCUUUGGGAAUGUCUUUGAUCCUCGUCAAAUGCGUAUUUCAAUACAGGGGAGUGGAGUCUAUAUUAAGAGAGAAAGGGGAUAUAGCAUUGAUCCUUUACAUAUUGAUGAUCCUCUUUUCCCCAUGAAUAACGUUGGACGAAAUUGUUUCCGUAUUCAUCAAUGUAUCAAGGCUUUUUCAGAAGCUUAUUCUAUUUUGGAGAGUGAGCUGAUAUCCCUUAAUGAUAAUGGUGAUUCUAGUUCAGAUGCAACUAAUAGUGUGCUGCAGAAAAUAAUCCCUAGCAUUGAUUUAUCAUAAGG